CCCAUUUUUUGGAUCCAAGGUUUUCUUUACUCUCUCUCUCUCUCUCUCUCUCUCUCUCCGUGCGUGUUUAGAUCUUUAAUCGCUGGGUCUUUUUUGUUUGUUUGUGUUAAGUAUAUAAUAUCGAGGUUAGGGUAGGGCUUAUUGUAGGCUUUCCUGUUUCAGUCCUGGUUCUUCCUCAGAGGCGCUGUCAAAUUGACGGAAGAUCUAUGUAUGCUUAUGAUAAAUGGGUUCGUCUGGGGUUUUAGAUUUCAACAGUGAAACCUAAGACCGGAUUCUGAUCAAUAGCUUAGUCUGGUCACCUAGAAUUUUACAACGAGACUUUUGGGUAAGGGUUAAUUUUUAUCAAUGAUUGCGCCUUAAUACACCAAAAUAUAUCGUAGUGAAGUUUGGGGUUUGGGUUUUAUCUGCUUUUAUUUAAUAGAAUUUACAAUGAGACUGUUGGGUAAGGGUUUGUUUUUAUCAAUGAUUGCAUCUUUCUAUACCAAAAUAUAUCAUGAUGGAGCGGGGGUUUUGGGUUUCUCUGCUUUUAUUAAAGAUUGUUAGUUUUCAGAAGGAUUUUUGGCUGUUGCUUUUGAGCCCUUUCUGAACUAAGACUAGAGCUUAACUGAAGGAGAAGAAGAUUCAAUUCAAUAGAAUCAUGGGGUCAUUUGGAUUUUUUCUUAUAUGUAUUCUCCAUUCGGUGAUAGCUCUGACUUGUGGAGGUUUAAUGAUGUUUUACUCCAAUGAGGCCUCUGUGUUUGGCCAUGGUCCUGAUAUUGCAAGUAAGCUUCAAGGAUCCACGCCCCAUGAUCAGUUAUUGAUUCGAACCUCAGAUUCCUUCUCUGGUUUGCUUCUCUUUUCCAUUGGGAUGCUUAUAUUCAUGGUGGCUUUUGUCAAGGACAGAGAGUUCCAGAGUUUCUUUGCCAAGGGGUGUGUGCUUCUUCACAUUUUCAUGGCUGUUUGGAGAGUGUGCUUUGAGAGGAAGAUUGAGGAUCUCGCUCAUGAUUGGAUGAGGCAGGUUGUUGGGGAUAUUGCAUUGGCCCUUUCAUGGGUGUUUUUUCUUAUAUACUCAUGGAGGGAGAAGUAUGAUUAGUUUUGUAAUGACUGUUAAGAGCAAUCACCCUGUUGAAUGGAGCUGCGAUCUGCUUCUUCCUCUGGUGCUUCAUUAUGCAUUUCGGGACAUAAUUGAAUGAGGUUGAGCUGGAACUGAUUUGGGAACAAAGCACAGAUUGAAUUCAGGAAAAUAUGUUGCCUUAAACCUUGUCUAGGGUCUGAUUAUGCUUGUAGUCCCAGAAAAGUGAAUGGGGUCUCUGGGGCUGGCAUGUUUGCUUAAUAAGUUUCUUUUAGAAAUGUUUUCGAUUCUGUUCUGAUUUGAUCAUGUAUUUGUUUCCCUGUUGCUUCAUGUAAUGAGGAUCCUUGUAAAACUUUCCACAUAUAUAUCACGAUGUACAAAACAAUCAGAAAAUGUUUUGAUUCUGGUUGCACUUC